AUGGACAAAUGUUGGAAAGGUUGCAACAACAGCAGCAACAAUCACAACAGCCGUAACAACAGUUGCAACAAUCGCAGCUGCAAGAGGCACAGCAGGUACCAAAUGUAUUUCAUCGAGGACAAGGGUGUGGAAGGAGCCACGCCCGCUGGUACUAUAAUCAAGGUGGCAGAGGCGGCGGUCGAGGUGGCGGUCGAGGCGGCGGUCGAGGACGCGGUCGAAGAGAUUGAGGAAGUCGUAUAUUGCUGUAUAAGACCGAGAAAGAGAAGAAAUUUGGAAAAUAUGAGUGGAAAAAAACAGCCAAGCUGUGCAGUACCAUUGUGUAUCCAAAGUCACAAUGUGGAAGGACGAUUUUUUUUUAGAUUUCCAAGAGAGCAUGACAGAUGGUUGCAAUGGAUACGAGCAUGUGGAAGGCUGGAUCUAGAAUCCAAAGGUCCGGAAUAUGCCUAUCAAAAUUAUCGUUUGUGCCAUUUGCAUUUUGAGAAAAAAUGGUACAAAAUUAACAAAAUUAAAGCUCGUCUUCAUCCAGACGCUAUACCGACUCUAUUUGGAUUAAAUUUAGGACAAGACGAUGCAGACACUGUCAAUGAUGUCAAUGAUGAUAUCAUUCAGCCAAUUGAAGUGCAAGAGGACACUAGCAAUGCAGACAAUUCAAAUAUGAUCCUGCCAAUUGAUAACAUAGCUGAAGUUGCUAGACCUCGACUGAACGUUAAUAAGUCGUCGGAUGAUAGUCCAAGGAAAAGGAAAUUACGUUUGAAGAUCAAGAAAUUGAAGGCGUAA